GUCUGGAGCCUCAGCACCUCGGAACAGCUCACGAGCCUCAAUGGCCACGAGGAUCCGGUUCAAUGCGUGGCGACCACCAGCGACGGUCGCGCCGUCUCCUGCAGUCACGACAAGACCCUGCGGGUCUGGAGGCUACCUAGGCCCGUGGCGAUCUUGACUAAGACGCCUCCAGCGCUCGUGCCGCGAGUGGCCAUGCUUUCGCCCGGCCGAGGGGCUGUGACGCGCCUGUCACCCCGAAUGAAGGACUUGCAGGCAAAGCUUCAGGAGUCAGAGCGGAGGAACCAGCAGUUGAAGGCGCAUCUCUCCGAGGUGCAGGUGGAAGCUUCCCGAGGCGACCUCUCGCGGAGCGAGGUGUCACGCCUUCAAUCAGGAGGUGACAACAUGGCCGAAGGCGCGACAGAGGAUCCCGCGGCACGUGUCCCGGAGACACCGCCGAAGCUGAAGCUGCCGACCUCUCCGGCAGGUUCAGCUAAGAGGAUUUCUGCUGCUCCACCCACGGCGGCCGCUACCGCAGCAGCACCGCAAUGCUGGAGCAUGCUGCCCACGACAAUGGCAGGUUCAGGUGCGCCCACCGCCGAUGUAAGGGUAAAGCCUAUCCCUGUGAUCAGCUGCCCAGCCGGCUCUGCAAUGUCCGGGGCCUGCGGGGGUGCUUUGCAACCAGGAACGGUGCGAACCCUAAACCCUCGUGAACUCCGACGAGGUGAAAAUGAUCAGUGA